AUGCGCGUCCUUCAAGUCGUGGCCGUUUUGACCAGUCUCCCAAUUCUCGCGACUGCAUGGGAAGUCUAUGUUUAUGACAACGUCGACAACUGCGAGCCAACCGACGACUCAAACUACAAACACUUUCAAGGCACCGUCGAUGGAACAGGCUGUGUCAACAUUGGCGCAAGUAGUCCACCAUCAGGAGUUACGUGCUCUCUGUAUACCAACGGUGGAAAAGCCGACCCUGCCGCUUGUGAUGGCACGGACAUGAAGGCCGACUCUGCCCUGAUCAGUGAAAUUACAGACGUUGGCUCAAAGACAACUUGCUAUGGAUGCGUGUUUUUUGAAGCCGCAGAUUGCAAUCAGAAUACCUGGAUCGUAGUUGGCGAUGCUCAAUGCCCGGAUCUCGGUGCUAAUCCAGCUAUGUCUUUCCGCUGCUGUAUCGGUUCCAAUCCCUGUAAGAACUGCCAUGAAAACUCUCUGUACUGCGAGAUCAACGACGAGACGGAUGGACGGCGGAGAUUUGCCCUAAAACGAAAAGUCGAAGACCUCGAGCAGGAUCGGCAUUUGUUGUUGGGGUUGAUUGAGGCGUUGCGAGAUGACGGGUAUCAGUCCACGCAGCUGCUCGCUUUGAUUCGAAGCAAUGCGUCCAUCGACGAUAUUCGAGUCGCGGUAGGUAACCGGAUGGAGAGACUGUCACAUCCCGUGUCGGCGUCGGCACCGGAAUCGUCGAGUUGGGGGGCGCCAUCAUCGUCAGCGUCGUCGAUGAGUCCAAUGCCAUCGAGUACUGUCCAAAUGGAUAUGCAUGCAUUUUCUUCAAUGUCCGACACAAAUCCGCGCAAUUUUAUGAACAUCGACCGAUUGACGGACAUUCCUUUAUUUGAGUUAUCGGCUAGACCAUGGACAGAGGCUACGACAGACAACGGAUUCGUGUCUCAUUUAGUAUCUUUGUGGUUGACGUGGGAUCAUGUCGUUCGAAAUUGGAUUGACAAGGAUUUGUUUAUUGCGGCUAUGAAGUCGGGAGAUGUCAAUUCUCCGUUUUGCUCACCGUUUUUGGUGAAUAUUAUUUUAUCGCAGGCUUGCUGGUAUUCGAGCUAUCCGGAAGCAUUCAGCAAACCGGACAACCUUAACUCGCGAGGACAGCACUUUUACAAUGAAGCCAAAAGACAUCUAGAUGCGCUGGAGGGGAGGAUCAAUUUGACGACGGUGCAGGGGUUGGGCAUCCUCUUUCUAAGCACAUGCCUGAUGGGCAAAGAUCGGAUUGGCCACAAUUACUUUUCUCAAACGAUCACUUCCAUACGCAAUCUAGUUGCACGAGCGGAUGAAAUUAUUGCGCAGGCAGGGCCACAGGCGGAUGCGAUGGAGCGAUCCAUAGGAAUUUGCGUCCGGGGAAUAUUCAGUUUCUUCACUCUCGCAGAUCUCGCUCUACACACGCCAAUCUCAAUGCGACCGCCGAAAAGAGCAUACCUACCUGUCGAUCACGAUCCCAAAGAUACAUGGAUGACUUACCCGUAUCGAAGUCAACCUGUGCCGGCACAUCGAAAUUGCGUACACAACCAGUCAUUCGACCUACAUCUCAUCAUGUACGAAGUCAUUGAAUUCUUCAACGCUGGAGAACAAGACGAACAGACACGAAAAUCACGUUCUUAUGCCGAAGUCGAGAGCGUUACAAAAUCGUUUUACGAACGGCUGACAAGCUGGUAUCAUUCUUUGCCGGAGUGUAUCGAAGAAGGACAGAGCUGGACUCCGGCAGUUUUGGGAAUGCAUAUGUCCUACCAUAUCUACAUAAUCACAAUCUUCAGCUAUCUCAAAGUCCACCCUUCUGCGCCCGCAAGCGCAGCAUUAUCUGUACAGCAACAAUGUAUUUCGUCCGCAAUAGCUGUGCGCGACCUCAUGAAUACCUACCGCUCCAAUUGGCGACGAAUUGAACAUCAGCCCGUGGAAUACAUGCAAAUCACUACUGUUUGCCUGUUCGUCUUACUCGAAGAUCUCGAUGCUCCCGGAAGCAGCCAAGCGUUUGUCGAGCUUUUGGUGAUAGCGCGCUCGAUGGCUCGCCGAUUCCAGCUUGCGAGAGGGAUACUGAGACUAGUUCAAUUAUCGGCACGGGAGCAGAAUAUUGUCUUACCAGAGGAAGCGCAACAACUCUAUAAGGAAUUUGAGCUGGAAUGGUACCGCACUGGAGGCGCUGAACAAUUUAGUAGUUCUUAUCCGAACUUUUCGCUUUCAAUGCGAUCGCUUGCGGCAAGUAAUAGCUCGCCACCGGACGGCAGCGAUGACGACGGCGACGGUGCGAAGCAAGGAAAUGAUAAGCGACCAGGCUUGACAUGGAGUAGUGCUGAGAUGGAUUUGUUUUUGAAGAAAUGGGAUGAUGUGUUGAAGCUUGAUACUGAGAUGUGA